AUGUCUGAUUCUAUCGUUUGCUGUUACAUCGGCCCGCCUCUCCGAUUGCCAUUGCACAAGCGGAGAAAAGGUCACUGUCAAGAAGGCAACUGCCGCCAAAUCGAAAAAGCUACAGCUCCACCAUCACAUCCGCCAACCCAGCAAAUGGUCGACGCGUCAAUCAAGAAUUUGAAGGAGCGCGGUGAGCCAAAGCCAAAAGUCAGUUCCGUCGAGAAAAGUAAGAAAAAGUUGCACCAGCAGUUGGAGCAGCUAAAAAGAAGUCGAGCGGCGUCGCCAAGAAGGCCUCUGCAGCCGGGUGACAAGAAAUCUAAAGUUAAAAAAUCUGUUGCCACUAAAAAGACUGCCGAGAAAAAGACAAAGGAGAAGGCAAAGGCAAAAGACGCAAAGAAAAGUGGUACAGUUAAGGCAAAAUCAACUACAUCGAAGCCUAAAUCGAGUGCUGUAAAACCAAAAACUCCAAAGGCCAAAACUACUACUACUAGUGCCAAGCCAAAGAAGACAGCAUCGGCACCGAAAAAACCAAAGGCUGCAGCUUCCGCCAAAAAGGCAAAGACAGCAGUAGUCAAGAAAUGA